CAAGGGCAAAGACCUCUCUUGUUCACACACGAGGGAGAGAGCUACUAAGGCUAAAGUUAAUAUGGAGAGCUCAGAGGCAGGAACAUCAUCAGGAAGCGAGUAUCAAGUGUUCCUAAGCUUCAGAGGGCCCGACACUCGUAGUGAUUUUACCGAUUGCCUCUACCAUAGCUUGACCGAUGUUGGCAUCUGCGUCUUUCGAGACGAUGAAGAGCUCCGUGUUGGUGAAAGAAUUGAUGGAGCUCUCCAGAGAGCAAUUGACAACUCUAUGAUCUACAUCCCCGUCUUCUCUCCAACCUAUGCUUCAAGCAAAUGGUGUCUCCGCGAGCUCACGCAGAUUAUGGGGAGCACCUCCAAGACAAACGAGAAUAAAGAGAUCCUACCUAUUUUCUUCAAUGUGGAACCUAAAGAUCUUAAGAUGGAAGACGGGUUGUAUCACAAAGCCAUUCUCAUUUUGCAGGACAAGAAUAACUUGAGCAUCGAAGAAGUAAAUUCCUGGAGAAAGGCUUUGACGGAGGUUGAUGAAAUAAAGGGAUGGAAAGUCAAGAUAGGCGAUAGCCAAGGCGAACUAAUCAAGUUGGUCACUGUGGAGGUUUUGAAGAGGCUGAAGAUAAAGGAAAAGCCCGUGACUGAAUGUUUAAUUGGAAUUGAUGAUCAAGUGGUAGCAGUAAAAAAACUACUAGACAUAGACUCUGGAGGUGUGCGUCUCAUUCAAAUUCAUGGCAUGGGGGGUAUCGGUAAAACGACUCUCGCCAAAGUCGUGUUCAAUCAACUUCAUACCCACUUUGGAAAGUGUUGCUGCUUUCUUGAAGAUGUUCGAGAAAAGUCAUCAAGAACGAUGGCUUGGAUUGAAGGAACACUUUGCAAGAAGAAGGUCUUCAUUGUACUGGAUGAUGUUGAUAGAUGUGAACAAGUGGAGAAACUAGUUGGAAAAGGUGCUUUGUGUUCAGGGUCUAGAGUACUGAUUACUACUAGAAACAUUGAUGUUUUGCCAAUCCCUGAACAAAAAUAUGAAAUGAAGUUGAUGAAUAGUAAUCAUGCGCUUGAACUCUUCAGCAAACAUGCAUUUAACAAGGACUCUCCUUUAGAUGAUCGCUAUGAUAUUGCAAACGAAAUUGUAAAUGCCACCGGAAGACUUCCUUUGACUAUUGAAGUAAUUGGUUCAUUUCUGUACAAUAAAACACAAGAACUAUGGAACGAAACAUUGGAGAAGUUAGGGAAAGCACCUUGGGAGGGUGUGUCCAAAAAGUUGAGGAUUAGCUAUGAUGCAUUGACUUUAUAUCAACAACAAAUUUUUCUAGAUAUUGCAUGCUUUUUCAUUGGUAAGGAAAAGGCAAAUGCAAUUCAUAUGUGGGAAGAUUUUGACUUCUCCCCAAGUAGGGAAAUUGAGGUCCUUAGAAGCAUGUCCUUGAUAAAGAUUGUAAAGGACAAUGAAUUUUGGAUGCACGAUCAACUCAGAGAUCUUGGAAGGGAAAUUGUUCGUCAAGAAAAUCUGAUGAAUCUUGAAGAGCGUAGUAGGUUAUGGAGUAAGGAGGAAGUCCUCGAUGCAAUAAGGACAAAGAAGAUGAAGAAGGUUCAAGCAAUGAAACUAGAAUUGUUUCCUACGGAAGUAUCUAUCAAAAGUGAAGAGAUUAGAAGAUGGAUUUAUUGGAAUGCUUCUGGUUUAAAGUGUAAGCUAACCAAUAUGUGCUUAAAGAAUGUGGUUGUCAUUGAAUUUUAUUUCAUUGACGGUAUAGACGAUCUGAAGUUAUGGAGAUUAAUACAGGAGGCAAGAAAAUUGAAAGUUCUUACUCUUUGUGAGUGCAAUCGCAUAACCAGAACACCAGACUUAUCAGGAUGCUCAACUUUAAAGAAGCUAACUUUUAUGACUUGCCGUGGUUUAAGGAAGAUUGACAGCUCUAUUGGGAAGUUAAAGUGUCUGAUAAAGUUAAAGUUUGGUGAAUGCUAUCAGCUUGAAGGUUUGCCUGAAGAAAUCGGGGACUUACAAAAUCUAGAGCACUUCUCUUUAAAGAAUUGUUAUGGAAUAAAGGGACUACCAGAUUCCAUAUAUAAGUGGAAAUCACUACGGGAGUUGCAUCUUUCAAUUCAAGGUCCAGUGGAGUUAUCGGCUGCUAUUAGGAAGCUUGGGAAUCUGGAAGUGCUUUGGAUUGUAGCUGAUUUGAAAGGUCAACUUCCUUCUGAAAUUGGCUUGCUUCCACAGCUGCAACGACUGGUGUUAAGAGGGUGUAAUGAAAUCCGAGAGUUGCCGGCACUCCCAAUAAGUCUAACCCAUCUGGCAGUAUCAUCUACAUCAUUGCGGGUUAUUUCGGGCCUCUCAAACUUGACUAAUUUGGUUGAGUUGGACCUAAGCAUCGAAUUUGACAUUGAUGAACAAGGUAAAAUUCAUACCAGUGACUUAAGGUGGAUCGGGAGGUUAUCCAAACUGGAAGAGUUGCGUUUGCAUCUCCUCCACGUCCCUGCUCCCGCUGAGUUGGCUUCCCUUUCUUGGCAUGACCAACUCAAAUUGUCUGGAUUGAACCUGCAACCCUUCACACAACUUCCCUCUUCUCUAUCAGAUCUAACCCUUGAGAGUUUCAAAUCAAUCGCCUUACUCUCUUCCAACCUGAAGAGUUUGUCAAAUUUACAGCUUAUUCGCUCUCAAAUGCAAGAGAUUAAACUUGAUGGGCUUCAGCUUCCAAAUUUAACGGUGCUUUGUCUUGAUUAUUGUGGACCCCUUGAGAGAUUCAUGCUGUCCAGCAUGACGAAGCUAAAAGAGGUCUCCGUGGAAGAUUGCCCAAAACUAAAUGAGAUACACAUCGCUGGGGUGUUGCAGUCGUUGGAGAAAUUGCAUAUCAAUGGGUGCGAGUCCUUCACAAGGUUAGUGUACGUCGACAUACAAUGGGAAUCUUCUCAUGAAUCUUCACUAAUCCUUGCAUCGGGAGUCUUCAAUGAGUUGCAGAGUCUCUUGCUACAGGAUUGCCCUAAAAUACUCGGUAUUCAAGUUGUUGGUGCAUUGGAAUCAUUAAAAAAGUUGGUACUUUUUUCUUGUCAGCAUUUGCAAAGUCUUAGUUUGUCAAACUUAAAGAACCUCAAGUCUUUGUGCAUAAUUCUCUGCCAUGAGCUACGGAUUGUCGAGGGCCUCGACAAGUUGGAGUUUUGA